AUGAAAUUUUUAAUUUUUAUUUUCCUGUUAUUCUGUCACGCCUCUGCUGUGAUAUAUCAACUAAAUAAUACAGAGUAUGUCCGAAUGCCGCCAAUUUAUCAUCUUGAUCCAUACGAGCUAUGUAUAUAUAAACCUAAAGGAUUAUAUUGUUCUGUGGAGAUUGAUUUAGUACCAGAUGAAAGCACAGAUGAAGGCAAUGAAUUAAUGGAAAUGAUAAGAGAAUAUACAGCACGUUCAGAAACGCAUUACAAUCACACGCGACUGCAUUAUGGUAUUUGUGUCACGGAUAUGUGUAACGAGUACCUGACGCAAAACACAACAGGGAGCCUGAAACUGGUACUUGAAAGAUGCCUAAAUAGUUCAUUUUGGGAAAAAUACAAAUUAAAAACAAGGAUUAACGAGGAUUUAAGCUGUAACAAUCAAGAUCAAACUUUUGAGUUGGAACCUGGUGAUAUUGUUGUGGCUGUGAUAGUUUUAGGUUUAGUUGUACUCAACAUUAGUGGAAUCAUUUACGAUUUCUUUACUCUCAAGAGGAAGAAUCGCGAAGUAAACAAAUUACUUCGAUGCUUUUCGAUCAGGCGUAAUUGGCUGAAGUUGGUAGCUCCUGCAGCAACUGGGAACGAACCGCGGCUUAAAUGUUUUAAGGGUAUCAACGGCUUAAGGGCAAUAACAAUAUUCCUAGUAAUUACAGAACACUCUUUACUCCCGUUUGUGGUCGCCUCCGACAAUACUCUCUUCUAUGAAGACAAAUACCACAAUAUUUUAUACCACUUAUUUCUCGACGGCACCAUAAUUGUGCAGACGUUCUUCAUCAUAUCCGGAUGCUUAUUAGCCUACCACUUACAAAUUAGGUCUGAGAAAAAAGAUCUGAAUUGGAUAUUGAUACCAAAAGGAAUCAUAGACAGAUGGUUAAGGUUAACUCCACCUUAUGCAGUUGUGCUUGCAAUUACGUUGACGUGGUUUAGAUUCCUUGGAUCCGGACCUCUGUGGGAACAAAUUGUAAACGCCGAAGUACGCGACUGCCGUGGCGGCUAUUGGCUACAUUUAUUAUAUCUUAACAACUACAGAGAUAGGUCGUUAUGCAUGACACAUACAUGGUACCUUGCAGCGGAUAUGCAAUUAUACAUCUUUGGACUGUUACUACUGAUACUAGUUACGAGGGAAUAUGCUAGAAAAGUUGCAUUGUCGGUGAUGUUCGUGGUAGCCUUAAUCAUUCCUGCUCUCCAUACGUACAUUCAGAACUUGAAUGCCUACCUCCACGUCUCACCUGAAACGGCUCGGUUUUUCUUCGAGAUGGAUCCAACAUUUAUCAACACGUAUAAGCGUGGUCAUACAAAUAUGGCAUCGUACAUUAUAGGCCUCAGUCUUGGUUUGUUAAUAUAUAGACUGCAGAAUGAAGAGUUUGAUAUUAAAAAAUACAGGAAAUUCAAAUAUUUGUACUGGGCUUGCUUGCCUAUUGGCAUUGGAGUGAUUUUGUGCAGUAGUUUGUUCUAUAUGGAUGGAGCAUCGCCUCCUCUUGUUCUCAGGGCCAUAUAUUCUGGCAUAGUGAAGCCAGUGUAUGGAUUACUUCUUUCAAUUGUCAUUUUAGGAAUGGUCUUCAAAUUGGAAAAUAUUUGCCGAGGAAUAUUAGAGUGGCGAGGUUGGACAUCUCCCGCUAGAGUUUCAUAUUCAGCGUACAUAAUGCAUAUGCUGAUAUUAAAACCAAUAACAGGGACUAGAACCACGUUAAUUCACACCACAUCACUUAAUAUCAUUUUAAUAGGAGUUGGCACUGGAAUACUUUGCUAUUUAAUCGCAUUUCCCUUCUGGCUAAUGGUUGAAGCGCCACUAGCACAACUUGUCAAGGUCUUAAUUCCAUCGAAGGACAGCGAGAACGUGAAGUCAAAUACAAAGUUAAACAAAAUAAAUGAAGCAUAA